UCAACCCAAUAUGUGUACAUUACCAAUUUUGCCGUUUUGCGCGCUUCCAUUAUCACUGCUACUCAUUUUUAUUUCCUUGUUACUAUAUAUAUGUAUAUAUAUAUAUCCUUCGCAAAUGCUAAGAGAUUGAUUGACUCACUUCCAUACUGUCUGACAAGCGGCUAAAGUUGAUUUGCAGAGAGAAAUCUCAGUGACGAACUCCGCUAUUCGACGACGUUAAUCCAAGUUGUUUGAUUAGGGUGGAACGAUGAAGAACUCAUUGUCUGAUCAUUGCUUAAAUUACAUUGAGAGUGAUGAAGAAAAUGAAGAAAAAGUAUCAAACCUUGAUGAAGAUGAUGGUACCUAUUCAGAUUCUUCGUCGCAUUCGUCCAUGGAAUUCCGGCAGCAAAGCAAACCCAAUUCAUAUACUACUUCUUGGCCUCAGAGUUAUAGGCAGUCCAUUGAUUUGUAUAGUAGUGUGCCAUCUCCAAAUAUUGGAUUUCUGGGCAAUUCUCCUUUGUCAAGGUUUGGUAGUUCAUUUCUGUCUUCAUCAUUAAUUCAGAGGCAUGCUUCUGACGUAACAAAACCUCUCCUACCAACAACAGCGGAUGGCCAACACCACCAUCAAAAGCAUAGCUCUCACUCUCUUCUUCCUCCUGUCCCAUCAAGGAAGCCUUCUUCUUUAAAGAAGGUAGAUUCUGAGUACAAACCGUCUAUCAUAUCACAUGAGUUUCAUGCUACUCCUGAUAGCACAUUUGGACAAGCUGUAAUAAAUGGUGUGAAUGUUUUAUGUGGAGUAGGAAUACUUUCUGCUCCUUAUGCUGUUAAGCAGGGUGGAUGGCUUAGCCUUUCCAUACUACUUGUCUUUGCUAUUCUCUCUUUCUACACUGGACUUCUUUUACGUCAUUGCUUGGACAGUGCUCCUGGAUUGCAGACCUAUCCAGACAUUGGUCAAGCUGCAUUUGGCAGUACAGGAAGAAUUGUAAUCUCGAUUAUAUUAUACAUGGAAUUAUAUGCAUGUUGUGUUGAGUAUAUCAUAUUGGAGAGUGAUAACUUAUCAUCAAUAUUCCCAUAUGCACAUUUAAAUCUGUUUGGUUAUGAACUGGAUUCCCACCUCCUAUUUGCAUUAGCAGCCACUCUUGCUGUACUUCCUACUUGUUGGCUGCGUGAUCUUAGCCUUCUGAGCUACAUAUCAGUUGGCGGGGUCAUUGCAUCAGUAUUGGUAUUCCUAUGCUUGUUUUGGGUUGGCUUGGUAGAUCAAGUCGGUUUUGUUAGCAAAGGAUCACAACUAAAUCUAUCAACUCUUCCUGUUGCAAUUGGUCUUUACGGAUAUUGCUACUCAGGACAUGCUGUUUUCCCUAACAUUUAUACUUCUAUGGCAAAUCGAAGCCAAUAUCCCGCUUUUCUUCUAACCAGCUUUAUGAUCACUACUUUAAUGUGUGCGGGAGCUGCUAUUGUUGGAUACCUGAUGUUUGGAGAAUCAACAGAGUCACAGUUCACCCUUAACAUGCCCUCAAAUUUGGUUGCAUCUAAGGUGGCCAUUUGGACUACGGUGGUCAAUCCAUUUACAAAAUACGCUUUGACCAUGUCGCCCGUGGCUAUGUGUCUGGAGGAGUUGAUACCAUCUCGCCACCUCAAAUCUCAUAUAUACCCAAUUCUUAUCAGAACUGCUCUGGUGAUAUCAACCUUAUUGGUUGGUCUCACUAUACCAUUUUUUGGUCUUGUAAUGGCAUUGAUUGGAUCCUUACUAACAAUGCUUGUGACUCUAAUAUUGCCUUGCGCAUGCUUCCUAAGCAUCUUGUGGGAAAAGGUGACAUACAUUCAGGUGUCAGCUUGUGUUAUGAUUAUUGCUGUUGGCGCGGUCUCAUCGGCUUUUGGAACAUAUUCUGCUCUCUCUAAAAUUAUUGAGAGCUUGACAUGAAUUAUUCAGAUCCUGUAUAUUUCAAUAAAUUUUGAUUACAAACUGCUAAGCAAUUUUGUAACUUAUAUCUCUUACAUUUAACUGUCAUAGAUAUGAAUCUUCCCUGCCUUAAGUUGGUCUCGGGUGAGUUGAUUGUUAUUACCUAUUUGAGGUGGAUUGCUAUUUAAAUGGUAAAAUUUGACUCUGCUAUCGCAA